CUCUCUAAAGAGCAACGUGCUUUGCUUGAAGAAAUGAUUCGGAUCGAUCAAGCAGGAGAACUGGGCGCCAACUGGAUUUAUCGCGGUCAGUAUGCAGUCCUUGGCUCUGACAAAAAAGUUGGGCCUUUGCUUCAGCAUAUGUGGGAUCAAGAGAAGCACCAUUUGAAGGUUUUUGAUGGGAUCGUCAGCCAAUACCGUGUCCGUCCUACCGCACUAAGGCCCGUCUGGGAAAUGGCUGGAUUUAUUCUAGGUGCUGGUACUGCCCUCAUGGGCAAGGAAGCUGCCAUGGCUUGUACUGAAGCAGUGGAGACUGUCAUUGGUGGACACUACAACGAUCAAUUGAGAGAACUCCUCAAGAUCGAUCACCCUGAUAUUGCUGAGCUGCGCAAGAUCGUACAGCAGUUCCGCGACGAUGAAUUGGAGCAUCUGGAGACGGCAAUCGAACAUGAUGCUCAAAUGGCACCUCAACACGAGAUUCUCAGCAAUGCCAUCAAACAAGGUUGCAAGGCUGCCAUCUGGAUAUCUGGCAAGAUUUAA